GCUGGUCACACUGCAGUUAAUUCGAUGUAAAAACUCUAAAACAAAAGUGAUUUGUAGUUAAAAGAAAGUGCACCAAACUUAAUUACGCAAAGAGCGCAACAACAAUAACAUCAGUUACAGCUAAAAUGGAUUUUGAGCAUGCUGCUGAUAACGACCAAGAGCAUAAUUCAAAUUUGUCCUCGGAGAGCAGCAGCGCCAGCUUGACAGCCAGCGCCAGCAGCAAUCUGCAGUCUCAUCCAACAGCAGCAGCAGCAGCAGCCUCAGCAGACAUAGCAACAGUUGCUACGUUAAAUGAAGCUGGAGCGAGCAGCAGUGGCUCAGCAGCCCUCGAUUUUGACCCAGAACAGCAACAGCAACAACAACAAUUUCAACAGCAAAACGUAGCAACUGAACAUGAGCAUUCUCCCACUCCAACGUUGCAGCCACAGGCAGAGCACAGCGAGAGUCCAACGCACGAGGAGCAGCAGCCAUUGUUAGAAGCGGAAGAUAUAAUUGACGCAAACUUUAUUGCAGAUACUGUUGACGCGGGCGCCAUAGAAAACGAUAACGACGGCGUCGUGGAGCGCAUUGACGAUUUCGAGGACGAGGAGGACGGUGACGUAGGCGAGCCCGAUAAUAAUCAUCACGUCGAAGCUGCAGCAGACGUUGGUGAAGCUGAAGCUGAAGACGACGUCGAAGCCGACGCCGUUAACAACGCAGCUGCUUUGGUUGUAAUCCCAGACGAAGCUGAAGGCUCAUCCGCCAGUGGCCAGCAGCGUCUGCACUCUGUGGCCGUCUUACCCAGCUACUCCACUGCCGGUCAGAGUGUUUGGCGUGCCUCACUGCCACCGCUGCUACGUGCACCACGCAACAGCAACCACAUCAAUAAUAACAACAACAACAAUAGCAACAGCAACAAUUCGCGUCGCACUCGCCAUUUCUACAGCAACAACGGCAGCCACUUCAGCAACGACAUGUACGGGCACAAGAGCUCCCACGGCCAGAGCCAAAGCCAGGGCCAAAGUCAUAGUCAGAGCUCGCCGAGAACCAGUCAGACCCAUCAAGGCGUAGACCCCCUACGCGUGCUAUAUCCUAAUGUUAACGAGAGCGAGACGCCACUGCCACGCUGCUGGAGUCCACAUGACAAGUGCCUAACCAUUGGACUAUCGCACAACAAUAUGCGUGUCAUCUACAAGGGCUCCAGCAAGCAUAAUGAUGCCGCUGGCUCAGUGCGCACGGCAUAUCCCAUACCAUCGUCCUGUGGCUUGUACUACUUUGAGGUGCGCAUCAUUUCGAAGGGACGCAACGGUUACAUGGGCAUCGGACUGACUGCUCAGCAGUUUCGCAUGAAUCGUCUGCCCGGGGGCGACAAGCAGUCGUAUGGUUACCAUGGCUACGAUGGCAACUCGUUCAACUCUUCGUGCAACGGUCAGUCGUAUGGACCCACCUUUACCACCGGCGAUAUCAUUGGCUGCUGUGUCAACUAUGUGAACAACACUUGUUUCUUUACCAAGAAUGGUGUGGAUCUGGGCAUAGCAUUUAGAGACUUGCCAACCAAACUAUAUCCCACGGUGGGCUUGCAAACAGCUGGUGAGGAAGUGGAUGUUAAUUUUGGACAGGAGCCGUUCAAGUUCGAUAAGAUACAGGACAUGAUGAAGGAAAUGCGAUCCAAUGUGCUGCGCAAAAUAGACAGAUUUACACAUAUGCUAGACACACCAGAAAAUCUUAUGAACAGAUUGGUCUCCACAUAUUUGGUACACAAUGGUUAUUGCAAGACAGCCGAGGCGUUCAAUUCGUACACCAGUCAACCAUUUGAUGAGGAUCUAGCUUCAAUCAAAACUCGUCAAAAGAUUAUUAAGCUCAUACAGACCGGCAAGAUGAGCCAGGCCAUUGAAAAUACGCUUCGCGCCUAUCCAGGACUCUUGGAGAACAAUAAGAAUUUAUGGUUCUCACUAAAGUGUCGACAGUUCAUUGAAAUGAUUAACGGUGCUGACAUUGAGCAUGCCAAUAAUAAAGUAACCGCCACCACACAGACCGUGCCCACAAAUCAAACAUCGGUUAUUCAGUCGACCAAGGCGUUCAAGCACGGCAAAGGUGGCAGCGGCAGCGGUAGCAACAGCAACAAUCAGCCAGCAAACAACACUGCAAACUCAGCUGUGAUAAAAACAGGCACAGGAGAUAAAUCGGAUGGCAAGCCCAUGCUCAUUGAUGACAACUCCAACAAAUGUCCAGAGCAUGAAUCCAACAGCAUGGAUGUCGAAAUGGAACCUUGCAACAGUCACUCCAAUGGUGCGUUAUUCUUUAGCAAUUAUCUUUAUAUAACAACUUAUAGGUAUAUACAUAUAGGUGAUUCAGUCUCUAAUGGCAAUGCCAACGUAGUGCGCAACUCUCUAGAUGCCAUCGAUGAAGAAAUGGAUGUAGAUGUGUCGCCUUCGUCACGCAAUUACGGGCGCGUUAUUGAGAAAAUCUUGGAAUUUGGCAAGGAACUGUCCAGCAUGGGUCAACAGCUAGAGAAGGAAAACCUCAUGACCGAUGAAGAGCGUCAGAUGUUGGAGGAUGCAUUUAGCUUAAUUGCCUAUUCGAAUCCUUGGUCCAGCCCUUUGGGUUGGCUAUUGUGUCCCUCGCGACGAGAAACUGUCUCCACUACGCUCAACUCAGCCAUAUUAGAAUCGCUCAACUUUGAGCGUCGUCCACCGCUGGAAUAUCUGGUGGCGCAUGCAGCAGAGCUAAUCAAGAUGAUUGGACAUCAUUCGCUGGGCGAGGACGCUUUCAUUACCAUCGACGAUGUGUUUCCACAAAAUUGACCCAGUUCGCCGACGCUGCUGAAGAUGUUCGAGACCACGCUGACUUUGCCGCGAACCAGCGUGCGAACUGAACCACUGGGCAGCGUACCCACAACAUCAACGGCUGCCGUGCAGACCAAUCAGACCAAGCGUCGCCGGCGCAAUAAACGCAAUAAACGACAACAACGUCAAAAAUCCAGCAGUGAGGCGCCUACAUCUAGAAAUUAUGAUCCUGUUAUGACUAGUAGCAUACGCGGUGGCAGCAGCAGCAGCGGCGGCGGUACAAACACGGCACGACGUGGUCGACAUCGUAUAGUUAGUACUGCAACAGCAGCAGCAGCAGUAGCGGCAGCAGCAGUGGCGGCGGCAGCUGCUUCAUCAUCCAAUGCUGCAGCCAAUGCAGGCGCUGGCACCAACCCGAGGUUAUUUAUGGAACCGCGGGACUAUUUCGAGACGCUCGAUUAGCUUAAGAGAUAUAUUGAUACUGAUGAUAAACAAUCUGUAAUCUAUAGUAGGUUAAUUCUGUUGUUACUUUAUAAUUUUUACUUGCGCGCAGUAGUCAGGUGCCGGUUUUAUAUCGUCCCUGUCUCCUUGAAUGGUUUAAAUUAUGCUAAUUAAUGCUAAAAAAAAAAAAAAAGAAAAGAUGAUGCGUAAUUUUAGCAGUUCUUUGGCCUUUGAUUUAGAGAGAUUUUUAAAUAACGUUUAACAAAUAUUUUUUAUAUAAUUAGCCUUUGGAGUUAAGCAUAAAGUGUGUAAUAUUAUCUUAUGUAUAAUUAAACGAUAUAAACUAUAUAUACAAUAUUAGUCGUGCUGCGUCACGCUACUCCCUCUAAAA